AUGAUUUGUGCCUACCUUAUUGCCAGUGGAAUAUUUACAACUGCAGAGGAGAGCCUUUAUUAUUUUGGAGAACGGCGAACAGAUAAAAGCACCAGUACUAAAUUUCAGGGAGUUGAAACCCCUUCUCAGAAUAGAUACGUUGGAUAUUUUGCAGAUGUGAAAAAUAUCUACAACAUGACUCUCCCUCCAAGAAAAACACUCAAGAUUAAAAAUAUCAUUAUUCAUUCAAUUCAUGGCAAUGGGAGUGAUCUAGAAAUACAAAUAACGAUGCAGAGCCAGAUCAUCUUUUUCUCUUCUGCUUCCAAAAACUGUCGGAUGCUUCAUGAUGCUGAAACAGACAGCGUGACAAUCCAUCUGUCCAACUGCCCACCUCUGUAUGACGACGUGAAAGUGCAGUUUUUCUCUUCUUCNGAUCUUCCUAAAUACUAUGACAACUGCCCAUUUUUUCUUUUGGUUCCAUCUUUUGUACAAAAUAACAGGCUUUUCCUUCCACGAGAUCAACUGGAUAAUCCCCAUAAAAAGAAAACAUGGAAAAUUUAUCAUCAGGAGUUUGCAGUCGAGCUAUAUUUUGAUGAAGUCUGAUACCGAUCUAGUAUAGUCCCCACAAUAGAUAGAAUCAUGUUCUCCACAAUCCCUGCCACACAUUUAGGUCUCCUAACCCUCCUUCCUUGCAGGUAUAUUUAUAUUUACAUUUACAUACGUAUAUUUUUGACAAACCUUAAGUAUAUACAAAGUAAAAAGUUAGUGGUGCUUUUUCUUUCCUGAAGGAGGUAUGCCAGGGUUGAGAGAACUACUGUUUCUGGGGACUGUGUGCCAAACUUAAGAGUUUGAAAAGAACUUUCAUAUCAAAAUAACAUUUAAAAUGAUUCCUCACAAUACUGCGUGAGGUUCAUUAUGUAUUUUGGGGCAAGUAGUCCCUGCUUUCACAGUUGUAACGUCAGAUUAAAAAGGUCAUUUCUAAGCUAUUUAACAAACCUCCGAUUGGCACCAGAACAAGGUUUGAGCCCAUAGGACUGUUCCUAUAGGCAGUCCCCGCAGAGCUUGUGAUACAAUCUUCGAUCACACAUGCCAGUCCUUGGAGGACAAGAGAAUCAGGGUAAACACAGGCAGACGUUACAGUAGAUUCUUUCUCUUUGUCACAUCACCGUGAAGUCAAAGGAAAUGUCUGCCUAGAGAAAUCUAGAUUAUUUUAAAAUACACCCCCUGACACAGGCUCUCCUCCCAGCCAACUUCAUUUAAAUUUAGGGAACUCUGUGAAGAUCAUCUUUUCACUAUAAACACUGGUUAGUCCAGUGUCCACAGGGAAUUCUAUUCUCUUCAUUGCUGGAUGCUGUUUUAUUCUAA